AUGAAUGGAAUUGUGGUACGAAUGCAGCUGGACACCGGUUCUGACGUCACCAUAAUAUCAACUGGAACGUGGCGGAAGAUUGGAAGCCCUCAAAUGAAUCCGUCGUCUGUGACUGCGAAGACCGCUACUGGUAAGCCUCUGGAAUUGGAAGGUGAGUUUUCAUGCAAUGUAGUUAUUGGUGGAACGCAAAUGCGUAGCCUAGUGCGAGUCACGAAGGAGCAUCUUCACCUUCUGGGGUCCGACACGAUCGAAACGUUUGGGCUGUGGUCGGUACCCUUCGACACGAUCUGCAACAAGGUUGGCAGUGGUUCGGCGUGUGUGGAGGCGCUGAAAACGAAGUUCUUGGAAGAGUUUUCAGAGCAGUUGGGUCUCUGCACGAAGGCGAAAGUCAAAUUGGAGCUGAAGGCUGGAGAGAGUCCUGUGUUUCGUCCGAAACGUCCAGUAGCAUACGCUAUGUACCGUGCUGUGGACGACGAACUGGAUCGGCUGGAACAAGACCAAAUCAUCUUACCUGUGGACUACUCGGACCAGAUCGAUCUGACAGACGCUUUUCUGCAGGUGGAGAUUGACGAACAGUCACGUCAACUACUAACCAUCAACACGCAUCGUGGCUUGUACCAAUAUAACCGUCUCUCACCGGGUGUGAAAGCAGCACCAGGAGCAUUUCAACAGAUCAUCGACACGAUGCUCGCUGGGCUACGAGGUGUUUGUGGGUACCUGGAUGAUGUAGUUGUCGGUGGAGUUGAUGAGGCAGAUCACAAGAAGAAUUUGGAUGCCGUGUUCCAGAGGAUGAAGGAAUUUGGAUUCACUGUGCGUGUGGAGAAGUGUACGUUUGGGCAAGGGCAGAUCCGGUAUUUGGGACAUCUACUGGACCGCCACGGGCUCAGACCGGAUCCUGCGAAGAUCGAAACCAUUGUGAAGCUUCCAGUGCCUACGGAUGUCAGUGGUGUUCGGUCGUAUUUGGGAACCAUCAACUAUUACGGCAAGUUCGUCCCAAACAUGCGAUCGCUGAGGUUCCCGCUCGACGAGUUGCUAAAAGUAGGUGCACAAUUUCGUUGGACACCAGAGUGCCAGCAAUCGUUCGACCGCUUUAAGCCGAUUUUGAGCUCGGAUCUACUGUUGACCCAUUACGAUCCGAAUCGUGAGAUCAUCGUAUCUGCGGAUGCAUCGUCGGUUGGAGUAGGCGCCACGAUAAGCCAUAAACAGGCUUGCAAUUGCUCAUUACAGCUAAAAUGUUAG